AUGCCCACCAGCCUCCAUGACGUCCACCAGCGGUGGAUAAACCGCGCAAUCAUGGAAUGGGGUAUGAAUGGAAUCAUCAACAGUGCUGAAGCAGACCUUCUAUGGAGCGGAGUUGGAACCACAUUCGAUAAUUUCACUGGUGUUCACCAAGGAUCAGUCAAGGAACCUGAUCAUUUCCUCCGUGUGGACACAGACCCUGACCCUCGCAUUGUCGUAGAAUCAGGUUGA